CUGACCGCCUCGGCACACACGGGUUAUUUCGGGCAGAUUUUGUCUUGCCAACAGGUUUUUUCUUGAGCUCCCCAGUGCCCACACGUGAAGCAGAUCAGAACACUGAUUAUUCCACUCUGCCAUGGUUAUCCAAUACUUGGAACUUGGCGCCGAGUUCGGCCCAAACACCCAACGAUCAUUCUCACGUUAAAAGGGCGCAUGCAGCAAUUUGACUGUGACACUGGAAGAGAAAAGGUUUGCUCAGGGAGCCACCUGGGCAUUGUGUAUUGGGCAGCGGGGGGCGGGGAAGAACUGAUAGCAGUUGUUAUGCAAGUCAUUAUUAGCUAUCGAUGAGAUGCGAAGUGCGUUGUUCAUUUGCGACAUGGUCUCCCUCCCUGGAGUAUGCUGCCCCUGCUCGAAACUACACAAUCCUUCCACUUGCACAGUCAAUCAUUCUCCAGUCUAUAGUGACGGCGAAAUUAGUUGUCCCACCCCUAGUCCGGUGCAUCAUGCACGCCACUGGGUCUAUCUGGGACCAGACCUUGGAAACGACUCGUGCACAGAUAGAUCUGACAUGACAAACUAUCGCUAGGCAUAUCGGCGCGAUCCAGCUCGAAAUGACAUCUCUCCGUCAGUCGUACGACAGCGGUUACGGGUGCGAACAGAGCUGGCGACUCUGGAAAGUGCGAUCCCACUACUAUGGAGCCGCAUGUUCGAUCAAAGCCGGUCCUGAGCCGUUGGCCAGUUACUCGAAGAAAUCACAUUUCCGUGCGUGUCCGUGGCCAUGUAGGGUUACACCUGUAUGCGACUUGACAUGGGAUUGACCUCCCA